UUUUGCCAACGGAGACCCAAGACAAACCCAAGUGGGCAAAUCUGAUCCGCUGAGCGUGGAGUGAGCGGUCAUUCCUCGGGCAGGGCAGAGAUCGGAUCACGGGGCGUGGGCUCGGACGGAGCCCCGGCAGAAGGCGCUUUGAUUCUACAUCUACAACAAAUUCACUUUUAUAAUAUAUCUCAGGACACUUCAUUAAAAUGAAUCGUGGAAAGUCGAGUGAUGAGACGCUUAUAGAAAUGGACCGAACUACUUGGUCCAGCGGCGAAGAAAACAAUGGCUUCCAUGCCGGAUCGGAUAAGGAGACUUUUCAACUUGAAAAUGCAGAGGUGGAUAAGCAGCAGCAGAGUAAGGACUCUGUGUACUUCAGAGAUGGCGUACGAAGGAUAGAUUUUGUUCUGUCUUACAUUGACGACAAGGAUGGAGAAAAGAAACAGGAUCGAAGGAAGGAGUUUGAGGAUAACUUACAGAAAGCUGGACUUGAGCUGGAAACUGAGGACAAAUCUGAGUCUGAAGAUGGGAGGACACACUUCCUGAAGAUCCAUGUUCCAUGGGAAGUGCUGGCAACAUAUGCAGACGUUCUGAAAAUCAAAGUGCCUUUUAAAAUCAAUGAUAUUCCAGAUAAAAAAGACAUGCCCAUGAGCUGGCUCUUUACGCCCUAUCGUCUGCCUGAACAUGUGAUGCAGCCCGAGCCUGACUACUUCACCGCCACGUUUGACAAAAGCAAGACUGACUUCUUCCUCAUUGAGGAUAAAGAAACCUUCUUUCCUCCGUCCACACGGAACAGGAUUGUAUAUUACAUCCUGUCCCGUUGUCCAUAUUCUAAAGAAGAUAAGGAUAAGAAGGGCAUUAAGAGACUGCUGAACAACGGGACCUACACAGCUGCCUUCCCUCUGCAUGAUUGUAGGUACUGGACCAGGUCUCGUGAUGCUAACUGUGAGAGCGAACGCUAUUCCUUGUAUAAAUACUGGGCCCGUUUCACCCGCUUUUACAAGGAGCAGCCGCUCAACCUCAUACGGAAGUACUACGGAGAGAAGAUCGGCAUCUACUUCGCUUGGCUGGGUUUCUAUACAGAGAUGCUGUCCUAUGCCGCAGUUGUUGGUCUGCUCUGUUUCAUCUAUGGUGUGGCCUCCUUUGAUGAAAACGUCUGGAGUAGAGAAAUCUGCGAUGAAAAGAUUGGCGGGCAGAUUGUCAUGUGUCCUCUCUGUGAUAAGAAAUGUGGCUACUGGAAGCUCAACACAACCUGUAGCGCUUCAUGGCAAUCGUAUCUGUUUGACAACACAGCGACAGUGUUUUUUGCAAUAUUCAUGGGAAUAUGGGUGACUCUGUUCCUGGAGUUCUGGAAGCGGCGUCAGGCUCGACUGGAGUACGAGUGGGAUCUGGUGGACUUUGAGGAAGAGCAGCAACAGCUGCAGCUCAGACCCGAAUACGAGACCAAAUGCACCAGCCGUCGACUCAACCGUGUCACGCAAGAGAUGGAGCCUUAUUUACCUCUAACAAGCAAGUGUGCUCGUUCAGUACUGUCCGGGGCCACCGUCCUCUUCUGGAUCUCUCUGAUUAUCGCCAGUAUAAUCGGUGUGAUUGCGUACCGUCUGGCGGUGUUUGCGGCGUUUGCCAGUAUCAUGAAGGACAGCCCCGCCAAUAAGCUGGAGGUGGUUGGAACCUUUAUCACGCCCCAGUUCGCCACAUCCGUAACCGCUUCCUGCAUCAACUUUGUCAUCAUCAUGAUUCUGAACUUCCUGUAUGAGCGUGUAGCAAUAAAGAUCACUGAUAUGGAGGUUCCCAAAACCCACAUGGAGUACGAGAACAAGCUAACGGUGAAGAUGUUCCUCUUCCAGUUUGUCAACUACUAUUCGUCUUGCUUCUACGUCGCCUUUUUCAAGGGCAAAUUCGUGGGUUAUCCUGGCAACUAUGCCUACAUGUUCGGCGAAUGGAGUGGGCUGAGAAACGAAGAGUGCGAGGCCGGUGGCUGUUUGAUUGAGUUAACCACUCAGUUAGUGAUCGUGAUGGUGGGUAAACAGGUGUGGGGGAACAUACAGGAAGCUCUCGUCCCCUGGUUGCGUAACUGGUGGGUAAGCAGAAGUGCUCGCAAUCAUCCGGAGAGUCUGUACAGCCGCUGGGAGCAGGAUCACGACCUGCAGUGCUCCGGACAGCUCGGCCUCUUCUACGAGUACCUGGAGAUGGUUAUCCAGUUUGGCUUCAUCACCCUGUUUGUGGCCUCUUUCCCGCUGGCUCCUCUGCUGGCUCUGAUGAAUAAUAUCUUGGAAGUGCGAGUGGACGCCUGGAAAUACACCACUCAGUUCCGCCGGCCCGUGGCGGCCAAAGCGCACAGCAUCGGCGCAUGGGACGAGAUCCUCAACAUGAUUGCUGUUUUCUCAGUGGUCACCAAUGCUUUUAUUGUCUCAUUCACAUCUGACAUGAUCCCUCGUCUGGUGUAUAAGUACACAAAUCGCGAAGGUAGCAAUAACACAAUGGCAGGAUACAUCAACGACAGCCUUUCAUUCUUCAACAUCUCUGAGUUCCAACCCCAAAACCGUCCAGACUAUGACGAAAACCCGGAUUGGUUCAACAGCUCCAUCAUCACCACCUGCAGGUACCGCGACCACCGCUACCCUCCAGGACACGAGAAACAGUACACCCAUACCAUGCAGUUCUGGCACAUUCUCGCUGCCAAAUUAGCAUUUAUCAUCAUUAUGGAGCAUGUGGUGUUUGUGGUGAAGUUCUUUGUGGCGUGGUUGAUCCCCGACGUACCGUCAGAAGUGAAAGCUCGUAUAAAGCGCGAGCGUUACCUCAUCCAGGAGUACAUGCACGACUACGAGCUGGAAAAACUGAAAAUCCAGCUCAGCCAGAACGGCCCAAACAUGGAAGAGUGCAUAUGUCCCACCACGGCCACCACGCCAGUGAAACUGGAGGUGUUAUCAGACUGUCUGACCUAACACACGCCUGCCUGACCUUGACACUAGCACCUGAAAGCCAGUUAGAGAGUCUUUCAAUCAGCCCAUGUCCCAAACCAGUCCUCAACAUAAAAUCACAUGCCACUGGUUCCUAAAAUCUCAUGGUUUAUGUUGGAUAAUCUUUUCAUACCACAUCCGUUGUUUGGGGUUUUCCUCGAAAUAUCACUCCCAUAUUAUAUUUCCUUCACUAUUAGUCAUGUGACUUCUAUAAGAUGCCUAUAUAAAAAAAAGUUUGCAUAAUAUAAUAAGAGAUAUGAAGUACAAUAACUUAAUAUAUUUAUGUGCAGAAAUACCUAAAGCCACAUGAGCUGUAACUCCGUUCCUGUCCAUGCAGAAUGGCAUUUGCACUUGUCAAGAACAAUUCGGUUUUCUCACGCUUUCCACAUCGUUGUUCUCUGCUGAUGUUGCCAAUGUCUCUAUAAGACACUACAGACAUACAGAACAGACUGUUUAUGAUCUGUGUGAAACACUGUGUCAAAGUCUGGCAGCUCAAAUGUCAGUCAAAACAUCAAGCUUAGAUUUCAGCCCAAAACCAAAUUGGGUGAAUUAUAAAAUGGACAUUUCAGGUUUUGUGUGAUUGGCUCUGAAUUACAGCAUAGAUGGGUGUCUCCUUCACACAGCAUCAAAAUACAAGAACUCAGCGACAAACUUUAUUGUUUAAAAUGCCUUUAAGCUACCAAAGCUAAACAGCCUUAACAUCAUAGACAUAUGCAUGGAUCCUUUACAUUAUUUAAAAUGAGAAAUAUUGAACACUUCUAUUUACUGUAUGUUCAGAUGUACAAAGACAUUCUAAAAAGGGGUUUCAGGAUUUUUUUUGUUUCUCUUCUUUUAUGAUCAAAAUUGUAUAUUUGACAAACUGGCACACACAUUAUUUUGCAGUAUUAUUUCACAGCCUGAUGCAGCACCAAUGCUGAUUUUUAAAGCAUCGUAUAAUAGUCGAUUUAUUUUAUUUGCUGGAAACUGUAUGCAGUAAAGAGGUUCUAUGCCAAACAUAAGUAGAUAGUUAUAUAAACAUGCACACUACACUCUUGUUGUGAUCAUUCACUGUUCUGUUCGGGUAAUGGAGGCUUUGAAUCUUCACUCACACGAUUUAUGAAGCAGUUAUCACUCUGUGUUCAUAGUUAAAGAUAAUCUGCACUUUAAAGCUUUACAGUGAUGCACAGGAAACAAAAUCUUCUCAAAGCCAAAGUUCCGCCGGUGAUUCGAAUGGCAAAGCUCAUAUAUUUUUAAUGUGCCUUUUUCUAAAUACAAAUGCUGGGUGUUUAUUUGUGCUUCCUUUCCAAAUGAUUUACCGAAUGUUGUCCUGGUCAAAAGGACAGUGUCACUUUGAGUUUGUUUUGCACGAAGCACUUAUGGAGGAGUAAUUUAUCUCAGUGUUAUUGAAACAAGAUGUGUGACUAGCAACCCUUGUGAAUCUACAAAAUUCAUUUCUAAAAUGCCAAUCUGAUCAUUCAUAUGGCAUUGGACUAAAAGCUUAAAAAACUUCAAAUAAAAAGUUAUAAUGAGGACCAUGAACAUCUGGCAGUUUGAUAUUUAUAUAUGCUAAUGAUGAUGGAAAAUCUUAGCAUAUCUGUUUUGCUGUAAUUUGUGGCUUGAAUAUUUAAGUUGGAAAUCAUGAUAUUUGUCUGUAAAUGUUUUCAGUCUCUGGUUCAUAUAUGAAGAAUUUAGUCACUGUUUUGUCAGUUGUUCGCCAUUAAAAUGUAUGCUGUUUGAUUAAAUCACUGUUGGUUGAUGUAGCUGACAAUCUACAAGCUGUGCUACGAGGUGAAUAGCCAUUUAUCAGUAAAACAUUCUGACCUUUUUGACAUUUCAGCUAGACGUUGAAAGUGCUAGAGCUGUUCUGGUUGAUCAAAUGAUCAAAGAUUAUGCCUUAACCUUUAUCUGUGUUUUCCUUUUACUUUUAGGUUGAUUUUAUGCCUGUUUUUAUGCAUGGUUAUGUUGGAUGUAGAUAUGAAUCCGAGUGUGUUUUUCUGUACUGCUAAUGUACCAGAAAUGUACUCCAUUUUUAAUACUUUAGGCAAACUUGUGUCACCCAAAUAAACUAUUGAAUCCAGCAGA